AUGACCACGACCAUUCAGAAAGAAGAAGAAGCAGAUCCAACUGCAGACGUCGAUAAUGGUGACGACAGCAUCGGCGAGGAGUCGUUUCAAACAUGUGGAAACGACCAGAGUGCACAAGCUGACAACGAACAGCAGCCAACACAACCUCUCAAUUUGGGAGAAACAACACCAACUGACACCACUACUGAUAUUGAGGAAAGCAUCAGGAUUUGUGUGAAUCCUUCGACACCAGCCGUGAAGAAAAAAGCGACUUCCAAAGAAAGCGCAUGUGAUGCACCACAAAUCCCCUCCUUCAUCAAGGUUGGGCUGGAGAAAAAGCAGUCUCCCCGAGCCAUCAAAUCAUGGGCUGCAAUGGCGCUCACACUGGACGGUAGAGACAAAAUUACAAAAGUUAUACAGUAUACCACUCGGUUCUUGGGGUGGUAUCUAGCUGGUGGUUCAUUCAAGACUCAGUCGCUCCGUUUCACUGCGUUAUACAAGGCACUCGCCAAUUCAAGAAAGGCAUUUCGUCUGGGACGAUCAUUGAUUGAGAUUGAGAAAUUACGUCCCGUUCCAGGUAUGAUAGUAUGGCACUUACAGAACGAGGAAGAUCAAGGGUCGGGGUCCACAGACAGCAAACACUUCGAUGAGGAGCAAAAGCCUCGACGGUCUCUUCUUCGUUCAUGCAGCACCGUUGCCUAUCAAAAAAUGUAUCGUCCAUUAUUAUCUCGAAUGUCCUCUACGAUGUUACCAGACGAUGAACCUAAUCAAGAACUAUGGAAAAUAUGUGGAAUGUCGAUAAAGAUUAUGGGGCUACUUCUUUUCUGGGCUGGAGACAAUUGCAAUUUUCUGGUAUCGACUGGUGCAUUUGAUGAUUACAAUGUUCCAGUGGAAGAAAGAAUGAAACGGCGAAAGCAAAGGCAGACCUACUUUAGUACGAAAGCAAGCAAAGCAUAUUUUGUUGGGUCGUUGGCUGGUCUGGUGGUGAACUGGUAUGCAUACUUGAAGUUUCAUAGGGAGUCGAUUGCAAGGCUACAAAACGAAGACAGUAAUGCCUCGAAUGUAAACACAGAGAACUGGUCUCAGAAGGUCAAACAGUUGAAGCAGAAGCAAUUUUCGCUCUUGCUGAGUCUUCUAAAGAGCUGUUGUGAUGUUACUGUGUUUAGUAAUCAACCGGGAAUCGACCUUCACAAAAAGUGGAGAGGAAAGAAGAAUCACGAGGGUAUACAUUGCAUGUGUGGUCUAAUCUCUGCUGGAACAGUCAUUUACAACAACUUUCCUGACUCGAAGUAG